GCCACUGGGUGGAAGGGGUUAAGAAGCCUGACAGAUGGGUCUACUCUUCAUGGGACCGUUUCCUUUGCACUUUUGAUUGCACUGGGUAACGUGAUGCUUGGCAACUGCUGAGCACACCAGUGAGUGUUGAUUCAGCCACGCCCCCCCAAUAGUCUCACCCAUCAAGUUCCUCUGAUACUCAGAAGCCUGUGCCCAGGAUCUGGAUAAAGCCGGACACCAGGAGAUCUUGCUCAUUCCCAGCCCAGGGGAGCCACCAAGAAGAGAAGAAUGGAGACACCACCUAAAGCCAAAUAUCGGAGUCAUGGUAGAUUUCACCCUGAGGAGACCAGAAAGGGGAUGUUCGGGCUGAAGCUGAAGAAGAAGAAGAAGAAAGCAGAGAAGGGGUUAAUCCUAGCCAACAAGGGGGCCCAAGAUGGUCAAGGUGAUGUUGAAGCACUGCAGGAGGGGCCUUCUCACCAGGAAGGAUUGGGAGGAGAUUUGAUUUAUGACAGUGCUUCUAUCAGUCCGGUCCCCUCUGCUCCACCAAAGAGAAGAGCAAAACUGUUGACUAAGAUCCAUGAUGGGGAGGUCAGAUCCCAAAAUUAUCAAAUUGCCAUAAACAUCACGGAGGCCCGCCAGCUGGUGGGUGAGAACAUCGACCCAGUUGUGAUCAUUGAGAUCGGGGACGAGAAGAAGCAAAGCACAGUGAAGGAAGGAACCAACAGCCCAUUUUACAAUGAAUACUUUGUCUUCGACUUCACUGGGCCCCAGUUGCAUCUUUUUGACAAGAUCAUCAAAAUCUCAGUCUUUCACCACAAGCUGAUAGGAAGUGUACUGAUCGGCUCCUUCAAAGUGGACCUGGGGACCGUGUACAACCAACCUGGUCAUCAGUUCUGUGACAAGUGGGCUGUGCUCACGGACCCUGGCGACAUCAGGACUGGCGCGAAGGGGUACCUGAAAUGUGACAUCAGCAUGACCGGGAAAGGCGACGUCUUAAAGCCCAACCCCAAAACCUCCGAUGCCGAGGAGCAAAUAGAAAAGAACCUUUUGAUCCCUCAAGGGUAUCCAUCAGAGAGACCCUGGGCCAGAUUCUUUGUGAGACUCUACAGGGCAGAAGGGUUGCCCAAAAUGAACUCUAGCCUCAUGGCGAACGUCACCAAGGCCUUUGUGGGUGACAGUAAGGACCUGGUGGACCCCUUCGUGGAAGUCUCCUUCGCCGGGCAGAUGGGGCGAACCACGGUACAGAAGAACUGUGCCGACCCCGUGUGGCAUGAACAGGUGGUCUUCAAGGAAAUGUUCCCUCCCCUGUGUCGGAGGGUGAAAAUCCAGGUGUGGGACGAAGGCAGCAUGAACGAUGUAACGAUGGCAACCCAUUUCAUCGACCUGAAGAAAAUCUCCAAUGAACAGGAUGGAGAUAAAGGCUUUCUACCUACAUUCGGACCUGCCUGGAUUAACCUGUAUGGCUCACCCAGGAACCACAGUCUGAUGGAUGACUACCAGGAACUGAAUGAAGGUUUUGGAGAAGGCGUGUCAUUCAGGGGCAGGAUCUUGGUGGAGAUUGCUGUGGAGAUCCUCUCGGGAGGGGCUCAGGAGUCGAAAUUCUCCAAGGCACUCAAGGAGCUCAAAUUGUCUUCAAAAGACAAAGACUCCAAAUCUUCCAAAAGCGCCAGUAAAGAAAAGGGUGACAAAACUGAUGGUGGAAGACCCCAGCAGGCUUCAGACAAAACCAACUCCACAGAGGUCGAGGUGGAGCCUUUCGACGUGCCCCCGGAGAUUGUACCAGAAAAAUAUGAGGAAUUUUUACUUUUUGGAGCAUUUUUUGAAGCUACCAUGAUUGACCGGAGGAUUGGAGAUAAACCCAUUAGCUUUGAAGUUUCUAUUGGUAAUUUUGGGAACUUCAUUGAUGGAGGGUCGCAUCACGGAAGUAGGAAGAAGUCCACUGACCCGGCUGAAGAAGACAGCCUUCCACUGCUGCACGAAGUAGAAGGCGACGCAGCCCAGGAAGCUCCCAUGCCCGUGGUGUCCACCACUCACCCAGAGAAGCCACUCGUGACGGAAGGGAACAGGAAUUACAGCUAUUUGCCAUUUGAGGCAAAGAAGCCCUGUGUCUACUUUGUCAGUUCUUGGGGAGACCAGACGUUUAGGCUGCAUUGGUCCAACAUGCUGGAGAAGAUGGCGGACCUCUUGGAAGAAGGUCUAGAAGAAGUGAAAGAAUUGAUUAAGCUGUCAGAAGAAGCCCCAGAAGAGAAAAUGAAGACGGUGCUCAGUGACUUCAUCAGUCAGAGCAGUACCUUUAUCUCUGAAGCAGAAAAGAAGCCCAAGAUAUUGAACCAAACCAAUUUAGAUAAGAAACGACUUACGCUCUGCUGGCAGGAGCUGGAAGCGGUAGCCAAGGAGGCCAAGGAGCUCAUUCAGCAGCAGAAGAAAAAGUUCUCUCUUGAUGAAAUGAUCCAGGAAACCCAAAACUUUGUGGAAAAAAUCCGCUUUCUUGGGGAUGAGCCACAGCACACCAUCCCUGACGUCUUCAUCUGGAUGCUGAGCAACAACAAGAGGGUGGCAUAUGCCCGCAUCGCUGCCAAGGACCUGCUCUACUCCCCCAUCAGAGAGCAGAUGGGUAAACACUGCGGGAAGAUCAAAACUCACUUCCUCAAACUUCCCGGAAAGCGGCCAUCUGGUUGGUCAGUCCAAGCGAAAAUUGAUGUGUACCUGUGGCUGGGCUCCACCAGAUACUCGAGUGCCAUUUUGGACAACUUGCCAGCAGGCUAUGAAGCAGAAACGUCCUCCAAGGGGGCUGGUGCCCAUCAGCUCCCAGCCAACCUGCUCUACCAAGAGCGGCACGUCUUCCAGCUGAGGGCUCACAUGUACCAAGCCCGGGGCCUCAUCGCAGCCGACAGCAAUGGACUUUCAGACCCUUUUGCCAAGGUCACAUUCCUCUCCCACUGCCAGACCACAAAGGUGAUUUCCCAGACCCUCUCCCCCACCUGGAACCAGAUGCUGCUGUUCAAUGACCUGGUGCUACAUGGAGACCAGAAGGAGCUGGCCGAGUCCCCGCCUUCGGUGGUGGUGGAGCUGUAUGACAGUGACGCGGUGGGGAAGCCAGAAUAUUUGGGUGCCACCGUAGCUGCUCCUGUUGUGAAGCUAGCUGACCAGGACUAUGAGCCCCCCAGGCUGUGUUAUCACCCCAUCUUUUGUGGGAACCUCUCUGGAGGGGACCUCCUUGCUGUCUUUGAACUGCUGCAGGUCCCUGCGUCUGGGCUGCAAGGGCUCCCUCCCCUUGACCCACCGGAUGUCACCCAAAUCUACCCAGUCCCUGCCAGCAUCCGGCCGGUGCUGAGUAAAUACCGAGUGGAGGUCCUCUUCUGGGGAGUCCGAGAAAUGAAGAAGGUGCAGCUGCUCUCGGUGGAUCGUCCUCAGGUCCUCAUCGAGUGUGGGGGGUGCGGAGUCAAGUCCUGUGUGAUCCAGAGCUACAAGAACAACCCCAACUUCAGUGUCCAGGCAGAUGCUUUCGAAGUGGAGCUGCCUGAGAACGAGCUUCUGCACCCGCCCCUGAGCAUCUGCGUGGUGGACUGGCGAGCUUUCGGGAGGAGCACCCUGGUGGGCACCUACACCAUCAACUGCUUGAAACAGUAUCUGUGUAAAUCUAGGGAGCCCCUGGCCCUCGCCUCACAGGUGGAUGGAACCCAACUUGGCCAAGUGGUUUCAGAUUCAUUUAUGGCCACUGAGCCCUCUGGACUCAGCUCUGUUCAGGAGCUCCCGACAGAUCAUGUCUUUGUGGAUGUUGAGCCGCCUCCCACAGUGGUACCCGACUCGGCUCAGGGUCAGCCAUCCAGCCUGAUUGACGUCCCUGACUCAUCCCCUAUGCUAGAGCCGGAACACAAACCUGCAGCCCAGGAGCCACCAAAAGAUGGAAAAGCUAAGGAUGCCAGGAAGCCUUCCCGGAGGUCUACAAAGAGGAGAAAGAGGACCAUUGCGGAUGAGUCUGCUGAAAAUGUCAUUGACUGGUGGUCUAAAUAUUAUGCCUCCCUGAAAAAAGCCCAGAAGGAAAAGGAGAGCAAUUCCAAGGAGAAAAAAGGCAGCGCAGAGACGAAACCAGACGAGGUGGUGGUAAAUAUUGACAGCCCGAAGAAGAAGAAAGACAAAAUGCCCAAGAAGAAACUCAAAGAAGAUGAAAUCCCCAACCUGGCCGUCUUGAAGAUAUAUGAUGGGGAUCUUGAGAGUGAAUUCAACAAUUUUGAAGACUGGGUAAAAACCUUUGAGCUGCUCAGAGGCAAGUCUGUGGAAGAUGACCACGGCCUGGAUGGAGACCGAGUCAUAGGGAAGUUUAAGGGCUCCUUCUGCAUCUACAAAAGCCCGGAAGCAUCCAGCAUGGAGGACAGCGGGCCGCUGAGAGUCCAGCAAGGGAUUCCAGCCAACCACCCGGUCCCAGUGCUGAUCAGGGUGUACAUUGUGGCGGCAUUUAAUCUUAGCCCAGCUGAUGCAGAUGGCAAAUCAGAUCCCUACAUCGUGAUCAAGCUUGGCAAAACCGAAAUCAAAGACCGGGACAAGUACAUCCCUAAACAACUGAACCCAGUAUUUGGAAGGUCAUUUGAGAUCCAGGCCACGUUCCCAAAGGAGUCCCUGCUCUCUGUGCUCAUCUACGACCAUGAUAUGAUUGGGACGGAUGACCUCAUUGGCGAGACCAGGAUUGACCUGGAGAACCGCUUCUACAGCAAACACCGAGCCAUCUGCGGCUUGCAGAGCCAGUAUGAGAUAGAAGGAUACAAUGCCUGGAGAGACACGUCCAAGCCCACCGAAAUCCUCACCAAGCUCUGCAAAGACAACAAGCUGGAUGGACCUUACUUUCGCCCUGGGAAAAUACAGAUAGGAAACCAGGUCUUUUCUGGAAAAACCGUCUUCACCGAGGAGGACACAGAGGAGACGGUGGAGUCUUAUGAGCACUUGGCCCUCAGGGUGUUACACUCUUGGGAGGAUAUCCCGGAGGUUGGGUGUAGGCUGGUUCCUGAGCACAUAGAAACUCGGCCGCUGUACCACAAGGAUAAGCCGGGAAUGGAGCAGGGCCGCCUGCAGAUGUGGGUAGACAUGUUUCCCAAAGACAUGCCUCAGCCUGGACCUCCUGUUGACAUUUCACCAAGGAAACCCAAAGGGUAUGAACUGAGAGUCAUCAUCUGGAACACGGAAGAUGUCAUUUUAGAGGAUGAGAAUAUUUUCACGGGACAAAAAUCAAGUGAUAUUUAUGUUAAAGGGUGGCUAAAGGGUUUGGAGGACGACAAGCAGGAGACCGACGUGCAUUACAACUCCCUGACCGGAGAGGGAAACUUCAACUGGCGCUUUCUAUUUCCGUUUCAGUAUCUCCCAGCAGAGAAGCAAAUGGUCAUUACCAAGAGGGAAAACAUCUUUUCCUUAGAGAAGAUGGAGUGUAAGACACCAGCCGUGUUGGUGCUCCAGGUUUGGGAUUUUGAAAGGCUGUCCUCAGAUGAUUUUCUGGGCUCCCUGGAAAUGAACCUCAACAGUUUUCCCCGGGCGGCUAAGUCUGCCAAAGCCUGCGAUCUCACCAAGUUUGAAAAUGCAAGCGAGGAGAACAAGAUUUCCAUAUUCCAGCAAAAGCGUGUGCGGGGCUGGUGGCCUUUCUCUAAAAGCAAAGAACUCACGGGCAAGGUUGAAGCUGAGUUCCACCUUGUUACAGCAGAAGAAGCUGAGAAAAAUCCUGUUGGAAAAGCCCGAAAGGAGCCAGAGCCCCUGGCCAAGCCCAACCGCCCGGACACCUCUUUCUCCUGGUUCAUGAGCCCCUUCAAGUGCCUGUACCACCUCAUCUGGAAGAAUUACAAGAAGUACAUCAUCAUCGGUUUCAUCCUGAUCAUCCUCGUCAUCUUCCUGGUCCUCUUCAUCUAUACCCUGCCGGGAGCCAUCAGCCGCAGGAUCGUCGUGGGCUCGUAGAGGACCGUGGAGGACCUGGACCGGUCCUUCCUCCUGCUCGUCUCUUCUUCCUCAUCUGUACACAUGUAAGAAUCUGUGCUCUGUGCAGGCACUGUGCUGAGUGCUAAGAGGAUGACCCCAGGGGGCCCAGGAGCCACUCCCUAAGUCAAAGGACAGACCAGUUUUCUCCGAGGAGAUGGGAAAAGAAUGGUCCCUCCCCACCCCACUCCUUCCACCACCUUUCCAAUUGAAAAGCCUCAAGUCAUGCUUUUGCUCCUGGGCAGCAUGAAAUAAUGGUUCCUUCACCCCGUGAUGAUGCACGGUGACCUCAAAUGGACUAAGGCAAAUGUUUUCUUUUUGUAAUUGGUUUUAUUCUGAGCAGUUUAAUUCUGGGUCUGAGAUUUGUGUUGGAAGUGCUUUCUUUUAAAUCAAAUUUUUACUGCACAUAGACGGAAAACAUUUUAGCAAAUGACUAGAUAUUGAACCUCUCCCACAUAUCUUAACCUGGUUUAAUCCUUACAAUUGAUAGAGCACAUUCACUUAUUCAGGCUGAGGAACAGGCUUGGAGAAAACUUUCUAUAAAUCACCUAAAAUAUUUCAUUGUUGAAACUCCAACUAGAAACGUUGCUGCUUUUCCAUUAAAGUAAAUGCUUAUAGCACAUGCUCAGUAGUCGUAGUGAGUUCUGGGAAAAUCCAUUUGGAUUUACACUCUAUGGCAAUUUCCACGUGGGGAUUUUCGACAUGUGAAAUAUGAUUUCAUAUAUGGGUAAGUGGGAUGGGGGGCUCCAGGGUACCAAGAGGAAUUCUCUUUCGCCAGAUACAUAGGCCCCACCAAAUACGGGGCUACCCUAGACCAUGGUACAAAUAACCAUCCUUGGCACGAUUCAGCACUUAGUCUUACCACCAUAUGUGGUAGGUUCUACCAUGACACUCAAGCACAAAAUAAUUUCUUUUUUUUUUUUCUCUUCUCUCUUUCCUUUUAGG